AUGGGAAAUAGAUCUUGUCAAAGGGAUUUGGCAUCUCUUCUCAAUGUCUCAAAAAGCAUAGUGCAGAGGCUUGUGAGGAGGGGAGACAUACGACCCCAUACAAAUGCUCUGAAACCAAGUCUCAAACCAACAAACAAAAAGGAAAGAUUAUGGUGGAUUUUAAGUCACCUUAUUGAUGAGACAGCAGGCACCAAAAGAGAAUAUCUACCACAGUACAACACAGUCAUGAUUGAUGAGAAAUGGUUUGAAAUGACAAAGAAAUCUAAAAGGGCCUACUUGGCAAGAGGAGAGAAGGGGCAUUACAAAUAUGCUCAUUCAAGCAAACACAUCCCUAUGGUUAUGUUCAGUGCAGCAGUUGCAAAGCCAUUGUACAAUGCACAAAAAGAAUGCAUUUUUGAUGGGAAACUGGGAAUAUUCCCAUUCACAUAUGAAGCACUAGCUUUAAGAAAUUCAAAGUACAGAAAGAAGAGAGAAAUGGUGACAAAGGUGGUGAAGAGAGUCAUAAGAGAUGUUUCAAGGAAGAUGUUCAUUGAGAAUAUUGUACCAGCAAUUAUGGCUAAAUGGCCAAAUACAGGACAACACAACACAAUUUACAUCCAAAAGACAAUGCAAAACCACAUGAGCAUUCAAUCACUACAACACAAGAAAUUUGCAAGAAACCCAGAGCAACUUAUAAAGGUUGUCAAAGAAGCAUUCUAUGAGUUGGGUGCAAAGACAUUGUUCAAGUGUUGGGUCACUCUAAAUCAUGUUAUGAAUCAGAUUUUAAAGGCUAAAGGUUCAAAUAAGUAUGAACCUCCACAUGUAAACAAAGCCAAGCUAGACAGAGAAGGGAGACUACAGGAUCCAGUUGAAGCACCUCUUUGGGCUGUCAUAGAUGCAUGGGAAAGGAUUUAUAGGGACAGAGACUUCUCAAAUGAUGAGCAGGAACAAGAAAAUAUUGAAAGUACACAAAACAAUGCAUCACAACAACCAUUUGUUAUGGCAAACGACCAUGAGGCAUCAACAUCUAAUUCCAAUGCUAUGAAUAGCCAACAACAAUGA